AUGCAUCCUUCGUUCGGACAAGACGAAUUAUCGUAUGGAGCCGGCCUACUGAACCCGGUGAAGGCAGUCGACCCAGGUCUCGUCUACGAUGCCGGUGCCAGUGACUAUGUGCAAAUGCUAUGCAACUCGGGCUACAACAAAACUGCGAUGCUGAUCAUCACCGGCGACGCCGGUUCCUGCUCUAACGGGACCAAUGGAACGGCGAGGGAUCUCAAUUACCCUACCAUGGCCUUGCAUGUUAAACACGACAAAACCUUCGCCGUGAAGAAGUUCUCGAGCAUCGGCGGCGUCAGCAAGUACAAGGCGACGGUCUCGGCUGAUCCCAAACUUAACGUGGUGGUGAAUCCUAGUGUGUUGGAGUUUACGGAGUUGAAUGAGAAGAGGCAGUUCACAGUGUCGGUUUCCGGCGGGCCAUUCCCAAAGAACUCUACGGCGCCGGCGACGGUCAUUUGGUCGGACGGGAAGCAUCAGGUGAGGAGUGUGAUGGUUGUCUACACCGUGUUGGAAAAAUAUUAUUGA